CCUCUACAUACGCGCCUUUACGAUUUACGAGAAGAUAUAUCACCCGCAGAGUCAUUCACCAAAAAACGGGCUCCAACGGUCCCUCUCUGUUUGCACCAAGGAAGGCAGUCACUCUGAUAUCCGAGAAGUGGAAAGGGAGCACAUUUUCCUGCGACUUUCAUUUGGAGACACCGAACGGAACACAACAUGACUCUCAAGUACGACGCCGAAUAUUUCCAGGCCUUUGAGCCGAUGAUCCCCAUGCUGGCCGCCCGGCCCAAGCCAGCCGUCCACGACAUCGAGGGCCGCCGCAAGGGGUUUGAGGCCGCCAUCACGAUGCUCAAGGAUCUCUUGCCCCAGUCCCCCGACGUGGAGCAGAAGGAACACAGCAUCACCACCCCCGCGGGCGUGACGCUGUCCGUGUUCAGCUUCACCAAGAAAGGGACCGCCACCGAAACGCCCGGCCCGGCCAUCCUGCAUUGUCACGGCGGCGGGAUGAUUCUGGGGUCGGUGAGAAUGUCGGCCCAGGCCGUCGCGUGGCAAGCCUCGCAGACGGGCGUGCCGAUUUUCAGCGUCGAGUACCGCUUGGCGCCCGAGUCGCAGGGCACGAACCUGGUCGAGGACUGCUACGCCGGCCUAGUCUGGCUGUCGCAGAACGCGGCGUCCCUCAACGUCGACCCGGCCCGCAUCGCCGUCUUUGGAGAGUCCGCGGGCGGGGGGCUCGCCGCGGGGGUGGCCCUCAUGGCGCGCGACAAGGGCCUGUCGCCGCCCCUCGCAAAGCAGAUCCUCAUCUACCCCAUGCUCGACGACCGCAACAUGAUCCCCAACGAGCGGCUCGAGCCCUUCGCCUUUUGGAAGGUCGAGGACAACAUCACCGGCUGGACCGCGCUUCUGGGCGCCGACAAGGCCGGCAAGCCGGACGCCGACGUGUCCCAUUACUGCGCACCUGCACGGGCGAAAUCUCUCGCGAAUUUACCACCCACGUACAUUGACACCGGCGGCUUGGAUAUCUUCCGCGACGAGGACAUUGAGUAUGCCAAGAGGAUCGCGAUGGAAGAUAUCGAGGUAGAGUUCCAUUUGUACGCGGGUGUGCCCCAUGCCUUUGAGAUAUUUGCGCCAAAUGCAACUGUGACGAAACGGGCGUUCGAGCACAGAUUUAAGAGCAUGAUGAGCUUUUGAUUCUCGUGCACUGUGGCGAUCAUCGGGAUGGGAGCUCAACCAAGGCUUCACGCUAUUACACAGCCAGAUUUCAGCAAUGAACUGAUGGGCUUGAUCAUGUGCAUCUCAUGGGGACGGAUCUAGAGCAGGUGCUGCUUUUAUGAGGGAAGUGAAGAUGGCGUGAAAAGCUACAUGCUAUCUCUUCCGAGCGGAGCAG